GGUAAAUUUACCCAUUUUGGUUUUUUAUUUCUAGGCCAGUUCAUUUUGAAUUUGGUAGUUUGACCGUGGAAUUUCGUUCUUUCUUUAUUUCCGGAAUAUGAGUAAAGUCUAUGAUUGGUUCGAAGAACGUCUUGAGAUUCAGGCGAUUGCCGAUGAUAUAACUAGUAAAUAUGUCCCUCCUCAUGUCAACAUCUAUUGUUUAGGAGGAAUUACACUUACUUGCUUUUUAGUCCAAGUAGCAACGGGGUUUGCUAUGACCUUUUAUUAUCGUCCGACCGUUACUGAGGCUUUUGCUUCGGUUCAAUAUAAUGACGAGGCUAACUUUGGUUGUAAUCCGAUCUGUCAUCGAUGGUCGGCAAGUAUGAUGGUUUUAAUGAUGAUCCUGCACGUAUUUCGUGUGUAUCUUACCGGCGGUUUUAAAAAACCUCGUGAAUUGACGUGGAUUACGGGCGUUGUUUUGGUUGUAUUGACCGCAUCUUUUGGUGUAACUGGUUAUUCCUUACCUUGGGACCAAAUUGGUUAUUGGGCAGUCAAAAUUGUAACAGGAGUACCCGAAGCUAUUCCCGGAAUAGGAUCGUCUGUCGUGGAAUUAUUAAGGGGAAGUGCUAGUGUAGGACAAUCUACCUUGACUCGUUUUUAUAGUUUACAUACUUUUGUAUUACCUCUUCUUACUGCUGUAUUUAUGUUAAUGCACUUUCCAAUGAUACGUAAGCAAGGCAUCUCCGGUCCUUUAUAGAGAAUAUGGAUC